GUUGUAAAUUACAAGAAGACUUUACGUGAGUGAACUAGUCUGAUCUGCACAGGCAGGCUGUACAGCAAACUGGUUGAAUUGCAGAAAAAAAAGAUGUCAUCGUGCAACUGAAUAUAAUCUGUAUUUCAUUGCGGAGGUUUGCGUCUGCCACAUGCAAAGUUAACGACUGACGACGAAUGGAUGGACUAAAAUUUUUGCAGGGAUUUCACCCAUUAGGUGUUCCAAAAUGAUCGUUUUUGUUAGCUUGUUUAUUUUGGACUGUAUGUAAAUCUCUGUACUUAUUCUUUAUACCAGGGAAGCACGUCGGUGAAAGAAAAAAAAUAAAGUACAUAUAUACAAUUUGAAGAUUCAUUUCGCCGACUGCACUACUAUAGACAUGGAAGGCAUCGGUAACACUAUGCAGAAGAAGGCAGCUGAGCUGGAGCGCAUGGCUGAGGUUCUGAUCACUGGGGAGCAGUUAAGGACAAGAUUAGACAGAAUUCAGUUGAAUUGUGACAGAACGGGCCAGCUGAUGCUGAGCAAGUUUGUGAAUGGGUUGGAGAUCACAGAUGUGCUGGUGUUCACGGACACCGGCGGCAAUGACAGGUUUUUCCUACUCCGACUUCAUGAAGAAAAAGUAAUCAAAGAUCGUCGACACCAUCUCAGGACCUACCCCAACUGCUUUGUAGCUAAGGAACUGAUCGACUGGCUGAUCGAUCACAAGGAAGCUUCAGACAGAGAAACUGCAAUCAAGCUUAUGCAAAAGUUAUUGGACCAGAGCAUCAUUCAUCAUGUUUGCGAUGAGCACAAGGAAUUCAAAGAUGUCAAACUUUUCUACCGCUUCAGGAAAGAUGACGGGACCUUCCCAUUGGAUAAUGAGGCAAAGGUUUUCAUGAGAGGUCAAAGGUUAUUUGAAAAGCUGAUGAACACAGAAAACUCCCUGGUACAGACGAGAGAGGAGGAGUCCGUCCUGUUCGAGCGGACACUGCUAGGCUGCGAGUUUGUGGAUUGGUUGAUCCAGGAGGGAGAGGCUUCCACCCGAGAGGAAGCGGAGCAACUCUGCCGGCGGCUGCUGGAGCAUGGCAUUAUCCAGCAUGUCUCCAAUAAGCACCACUUUGUGGACAGCAACCUCCUGUACCAGUUCAGAAUGAAUUUCCGUCGAAGGAGACGGCUGCUGGAGCUGCUGAGUGAGAGAUGCCAAUCGAUCCCUGAGAGCCACGACAGCCCUUUCUGCCUGCGCAAACAGAACACGGACAGUGGAAACACCAGCUUUCUCUCAGUGAGCCCUUCAAAGGAGAUCAAGAUCAUCUCGGCUGUGAGGAGAAGUAGCAUGAGCAGCAGCUGUGGUAGCAGCGGGUACUACAGUAGUAGCCCUAUCCUCAGUAGCAGCCCUCCAGUGCUCUGCAAUCCGAAGUCUGUGUUGAAGAGACCUGUGAAUUCAGAACAGCUGCAGAGCCCUGGAGGCCCAUACAUGAAGAAGACUUUCACAAUUGUUGGUGAUGCAGUGGGCUGGGGGUUUGUGGUGCGAGGCAAUAAACCAUGUCACAUCCAGGCAGUCGACCCCAGCGGUCCUGCGGCUGCUGCUGGAAUGAAGGUCUGUCAGUUUGUUGUUUCUGUGAAUGGACUGAAUGUUCUUCACUUGGACUAUCGAACAGUCAGCAGCCUAAUUCUGACAGGCCCACGCACCAUUGUCAUGGAAGUCAUGGAGGAAAUUGAAUGCUGAAACAGGAAGCAAUGGAGCUGCAUCCUACCUACCAGGACAUAUCUGAAGAACCAAAGAAACACAGACAACUAAAAUAACCAUCUCCUCUCAGAAAAUCUCAAGCAACUCACACUUCCAAGUUGUAUUCUUCACAUAGCAUUCAACAAGAUGAUUGUAUGUAUACUGUAUAUAAAGUCUACCAUACAGUUUGCCUUCUAUAUACCACAGAUAAGGGAGCCAGGCUUUGUGUGAUGCACAGAAGGGUAGGUCAUGAAUAGGACAUCCCAAAUGAAGAUUCAACCAUUUAUCAGAUUCUUUGAACAUUUCUGUUUCUUAUCAGGUUAGAAAAAUUUAAACAAGAUGCCAUUUUGACCACUUUAUAGAGAUAUGGGCAGUUAAUCACAGCUCCCUUCUGAUACAUGAGUAUAAAUAACAGCUGUUACUUCAAAAAGGAAGGAGUUGGCUGCUUCUUUUUUUUGCACCAUUAUUGAAGGGGUUAAUGUGCUGGGAGUUGAUGUGCAACAGCCUGACUGUAGAGCUAGUAGUGCAUUAAAACAGAGCCUUUUAAAUUAGGGUGCAGUCUAUAUACAUAUACAUUUAAAAAAAGCACUUGCUAUCCCGUGAAACUGAUUUUAAGUAAAAGUUGAUAUUGAUUUCCUUGGUCCUACUGUGUAAUCAAUAUUUUCCUUCACAAUCACAAAAAGCACUUAUGUAUGCUAACUUAAUUUCAAAAUCAUAAACACUUAACAUAUAACAUGUGAAUCUCUAAAAAUAUGACAAAUAGAAGAAGUGAUGGAUGUAAUUUAAAAGGAGAGAAUGUUUGUGUGUAAAUGUUUAGUUAACUCCUGUAACUCAGCACUUACAAAAAUUGUAAACAGAGUGCAAUUUAUAUUACAGAGGAGUGAAAAUAGCUGUGGCUGAAAGGAGAUAAAUUCUUGCAUAUGUGUUUGUCAGAACAGAUUAUUUUGUUGGUUAAGUGGUUGGUUGGUGCUCAAGAAGUUCAUUACUGCCAAUUUGUUUAGUGCGCAGACUUGGGUAUUUCAUAUUCUGCUAACUGAGCCACUCCUUUAUUCCCUGCAAAUUUCACUUUGCUUACAUGAGAUGAAGAAGAACAUAGUGUUCUUUUACUAUUAUACUUUAAUUUUACAUGAGGCAUUUCAGUGCCAUUAAAAAAAAAAAAAGAUAUUCUCAAAAUAUCUGGACACUCAGGCUGAUGAAAAUUCAAUACUGUGAGUGCUAUGAUGUAGUUCAUAAGGUUGUUGGUUUAUGACCUUAUGACCCAGAUUGUAAAUUGAUUUGGAAUUGCUGAAUACAGCAUCUUGUUUACUGUAGAAGCGUGAGCUAAUUUAAGGGGGGCUGUUU